AUGCAGGCCGUCGCCCUGCCCACGAUGGAGUCGGAGCUGAGGGCUCUCGCGUGGGCGACGCUGCUCACCCCGGCGUGCGCGGUGUACGCGCGGUUCGCCGCUCGCUGCCUUCGCCCGGGCAUCCCGCGCCUUGCCGCGCUCCUCCCGACAUUCCCAGUGUUCGUGUACAUGCCCUGCAUGUUCAGCUCCCUCCACCUGCGCCUCUUCUCCACCUUCUUCCACACCUGGCUGGCCACCAAUAAGCUCGUCCUCCUCGCGCUCGACCUCGGCCCACUCCACCCGCGCCUCCCGCUCCUGCCGUUCGUCCUCUGCGCCGGCCUCCCUAUCAAGAUCUUCCUCACGCUCGACCUCGUGUUCUCCUGUGUCAUGCUCGUCUCCGCGGCACUCGUGGGCGCGACCCUGGAGAGACAGAGACAGUUCAACACGCCGCUCGCCGUCGCCUCGUUGAACGGCUUCUGGGGCCGGCAAUGGAACCUAAUGGCCGUCGACCUCCUCCGCGAGUCGGCGUACGAGCCCGUGCGCGCUAGGUGGGGCCGGGACGUCGGCGUGCUGGCCGCGUUCCUAAUGUCGGGCCUGCUCCACGAACUCCUGUACUGGUACCUGACGCUGCAGCAGCCCAGAGGUGAGAUGCUGCUCUUCUUCAUGUUCCAUGCUGCGUUCCAGAUCGCUGAGCGAUGGGCCAGGGCGGCUGGGCUGUGGCGGCCGCCCAAGGCGGUGGCGUACCUCCUUGUCACGGCCUUCAUGGUGGUCACCAUAUCGGAGAUGUUCUUCGGGCCAUUCGUGAGAGCCGGCACAGACGUGCGCUUGAAGGAGGAAACUGUGGCGAUGGUGGAACUGAUUUGGGGUGCCAGGAAGUAUCUACUCCGUCCGUUUAGGGUGGCUUCAAGCUAG